CCCUCCCAGUGACAGACAACCAUCCCCAAAUCCCUAGCCGCGGUCCACUCGACCAGCUUCCUCCCGCGUCGCCAAGCUCCUCCACCUUCCGCCACGAGCUGUCGCCUUCCCGUGCCGCCGCCGCCGCUUCUUCGGGCAGCCCCUUCGCCCGCGCGGCCACAUCGCCCAACUCGUCGUUCCGCCACCUCCCGCUCCAACUGAGGGUUAGCCAUACACGAUUCGUCCAUGCCACGGAUCACAAUGCGACCAGGAUAAGAGGAAGGAGAUCACCCGCGGCCCAGCACGCAGAUUCAGAUUUAUUGCCAGUUCGUUUUGAUUGCAAUCUUGGCGUAUCUUAACCAGUUCGGUUGUUCCUCCCGCCUUCACGGCUUGGCCAAUGCCCGCCUCUUCUCCGUCUCCCGCGGGCAACGACGACGGGCCGUCGCUGACCGCGUCGGCCAUCAUCGCUCCAGCCGUGUCCGGGUCGCAUGUCGUCAAGAUAGACGGCUACUCCCGCACCAAGGGGCUUGGCAACGGCAAACGCAUCAACUCCGAUACUUUCAUCAUCGGAGGCCAUCGAUGGUGUGUGCAGUACUACCCUGACGGUGCUGCCUCAAACGACACCGAUUGGAUAUCCGUUUUUCUGUUCUCUGACCGAAGUGAUGAUACUGAAGUCAAAGCAAAGUUCAAGAUAAGUUUGCUUGGCCAAGAUAGGCAACCAGUGCCGCAGUACAGUUUCAGCACCCUGAUACACACCUUCUCCAGCAAAGAAGCUGCAUGGGGCUUCGCUCAAUUCAUCAAAAGAAAUGACUUGGAGGAAUCCCUUCACCUCAAGGAUGAUGUUUUCAGCAUCAGGUGCGAUGUCACCGUGUUAAAGGAGAUCUUCACCGAGCCAAUCCGGCCGCCUGUGGUGGUGCCGGUGCCACCAUCUGACAUGCACCAGCAUUUUGGACAGCUGCUCUUGGCCGGUGAGGCGGCCGAUGUCAAUUUCGAGGUCGGUGCGGAGACAUUCGCUGCACACAGGUGCAUACUCGCAGCUCGGUCGUCGGUCUUCAAGGCGGAGCUGCUUGGUACCAUGAAGGAGAAGACCGCAACUCACAUACGAAUCGACGAUAUGGAACCCAAGGUGUUCAAGGCUUUGCUCCACUUCAUCUACACCGACUCGCUGCCCGUGAUGGACGAGGGCGAUGGGGCAGCGACUGCCCAGCAUUUGCUGGUAGCGGCGGACAGGUAUAGUAUGGAAAGGCUGAAGCUGAUCUGCGAGGGAAAGCUGUGCGAUCACAUCUGCAAGAGCACAGCAGCGACGACGCUGGCACUGGCUGAGCAGCAUGGUUGUGGUUCUCUCAAGAAGGCGUGCUUCAAGUUCCUGACGUCUCCGGGUAACCUGAAGGCAGUCAUGGCAUCUGAUGGAUACGAGCACCUGAGGAGCAGUUGCCCAGGUGUUAUGGACGAACUGGUGGCCAUGCUUGCUCCUUGACCUCUUUGAGUUUAAACUCACCAGAUCUGGUUAUUUAUCCUGCUAUUUAUAUUUUCAGAAGUAAUGAUAUCCUACUACUGUAAAAAAAAAGGUACUAGCAUUGAUGCAUCUGUUUGAGCUCAGUUGUCAUUUCUAGAUAUCUGAAAACUGUGAGAAGCUUCUGUUUAAUCCGAAGACAAUAUUUUCUAAGUUCUGAAAAAUUAGGGGAAAUUUUAGAAAUCAUAAGGAAAACCCUCAAUUUUAAGUUAGCGGCGCAUACAAUCUAUUUUAGUUAGAAUUUUGAAUUUAUGGUAGGUGCAACAAUGUGCAUGGUGUUUUCAAAUGCGAAGUCAUAAUUCGUUAUUACACUCCUUCAUUCAGAAUUAUCCAGAGUUCUUUUUUACAGAAGAAUUGUCCGGAGUUGACGUGAUUGCUGCUAGAAUAAAUAGAGGGCAAUAAGAUUACAGUCAAAGAACUGGCGAUGAAUCAGAACAGUUAUCCUCACUCGGCUGAUCUAUCUGGUCCCAGAACUUUGCAUUUGGGAACGUCCAGAAAAAAUCUUGUUUUGAGAAAUAACGUCCAGAAAAGCUCAAUGCUCUAUUUUUGUCAAACUAAAUCUGCAAAGAUAAUGCUUCCUUGUUGGACUUGUGAUAGAGGUGUACGAAGUAAACCUAUG